AUGGGCGGAAACAUCAAGGAGAUCAAGACCAAGGAGGAGUUUGUGGCAGCGCUGGAGGCCGCGGGGGACAAGCUCGUCGUCGUGGACUUCUGGGCGAACUGGUGUGGCCCGUGCCGCAUGAUCGCGCCCAAGUUCGAGGCCAUGUCGGUCGAGUUCGCCGACUGCGUGUUCCUGAAGGUCGACGUCGACACCGCGGAGCAGGUGGCGCAAGAAGCCGGCAUCAGCGCCAUGCCCACCUUCAAGCUCUACAAGAACAAGGCGCCCGUGGCGGAGGUCGUGGGCGCAGCCGAGCCCCCCCUGCGCAAGGCCAUCAUGGAGCACAAGUGA